AUGACCGCCUUUGAAAUCUACAUGGACAAGAUUCGAGACUUGCUACACGAGGGGGUGGAUAGGCAGCCGCUGCAGCCCAUCAUGACGAGAGACACCUUAUACCUGCCGCACCUCACGCAUGUGCCACUGCGCACGUUACGGGACGCGUGCCACGUGUACGAGAGAGCGGCAGCGCGCCGUGUGCAGAGGGUGACGUCUGCGAACGACACCUCCUCUCGUUCGCAUGCCUUCUUCACGGUUGAGGUGUUUCAGACCCCUAUUACACCAACCUGCCCGUCUUCACCGGACCUGGCUGAGUGCUGCGCUCUACGGGAGGCACAAUGGGUAGCACUGACGGCAGUGGAGCAGACGCGGAGAGGGCCUCGGCCACUGCGCAGUGAGUGGUUUGAGGGUGCCGCGAACGCGCUACUCGGCACACGCGCUGUACCCGUCAUGUACAGCACACUGACGGUGGCAGACCUAGCAGGCAGUGAGAAGGCAAAGCACGCUGGGGUGCACGGCACCGGAUUCGACGAACUGCGAUGCAUCAACGCCUCCCUCACCGCACUCGGCAAUGUUGUUCAUCACCUCUUUCACGGCACGCCACACAUUCCAUACCGGGACAACAAGCUCACGAUGAUGCUGCGCGAUACGUUUGCGGCUCCCCGUGCGCAGGUGGUACUCUUCGUGAAUGUGAGUCCAACGGCCGUGACCUGUGAGGAGACGCUCUCGUCGCUCUACUUUGCUGACAAGAUAAAGGGCAUGACGGUGCCUGCUACCGACUCCGCGUCGCUCCGGCAUGGCGCGCUCCAGUCAGCGUACUUGCAGUCCCUUCGCAUCCACGACGUUCUCCUCUCUGAGGCACGUAUCUUUCAGGCUCAACAGAUGUACGCGGCAGGGCAUCUUUAUCGAGUGUCUGCAGCAGUGUCGCAGCGCCCUCUUUUUCAGCUGUUGUUUCACAUCCCAUUGACUAGUGGCACGGACAAAGAAGCCCACAUGAAUCGUUUGUGCGCGCACCUACGAGAGCAACGGGUGCACGAAGGGAGCCCUGAAGCUCGCAUGGACAGCCUCAUCGAAGCGGAACGGGAGGAGCUCUGCAGGGACAUGGUGAGGGAGUAUAGUCAGCGCUGCGCGGAGGUGGACGCACAAACCACCGCCGUUGACGAGGCGAGUACCCAUCUACGUGCCCAGCUCUCUCGUGAUGCGUCUGCCCUACGCCAGUGUCUCGCGAAAGCGGAGGAGUCUACCGUGGCCAUUGCGGCAAGACGGUGUGGCCUGACUGAGCUCAGGAGGACAAAAUUAGAGGAACUGCAGCUUUUGCGUGAUUCCGUGGAGGCGUUGGACGAGGGCGAAGUGGGCGUGGUAGACGCGUGCGAAGUGGGUGCCAACGACCAGGUGAAUACAGCAGCCUUCGAGCAGGAGAGGGUCACUUACACGAAAGCGCUAGAGCUCACGCAGCUUCAUCUCACGCUCUUGGAGCUCAUGGCUCCGUGCGCUACUCCCUUACCAUCUGCGCAGACAGAAGGUGAGUCGGCUGCUGACCAUUGUCUACGGAACUCCACAUCAUGCAAUCGCAGUGACAUGUCGUUCACGACAGCGGCCUCGACCACUUCCAAGUCUCUCUCAGUUGAGGCGUGGUUGCGAGGCGCCGUACUGGUGAUGGCAGGUAACGCUGUGGUGCAAUCUUCAAGGAAGCACCCGGGGAAGCAGCAGCGGCAGACGAGGCGUCAGUUGGUCUCUCUAUCGAAGUCACUCAACAUCUUUAGCAACGUCACCAACCCCAAUGGAGGCAUAUAUUCCCUUCACAAGUACUGGUGUGUGUACCGUAGGCGCGAGAGGACAGAUAGGGAGGAGACCGACGCCAAUGCCUGUGCCAUCGCCUCCGAUGCGGCUGAGAAGGACACCAGCAGCAUGGCCCGCCAGCGCUCCUCUUUUGACGACCCCGCGCUCCUGACACGGGUAAUGGCUCACAUGUACAUGGGUACCUCUCUCAUGAAACUUGACCGCGAUGGCCGCCCAAACGCGCGUUGGUUCUACCUUUCGCAGAGAGACAACCGUCUGCUGCUGUGCUGGGAUGAGUCGCGUCGCGUGCUGGGGCUAACAGGGGUUGGCCAUGUGAGCUUAGAUGCGGUGGUGAAGAUUACGUUGGGCCGCUCUUCACCUGGCUUUCGUAAGUACGCCACCCGCGCCUACAAGGGCCAAGUCGGCGACUUCUACACCUCCUUCACUCUCACCUAUCUCACCCGCGCAAGUGGGCGGAAUUUGAAGUUUGUGGAUGUCAUGUGCCCUGAUCAGGCAGAGAUGGAGACGUGGGUUGUCGGUCUCGCUCAAAGGACUGGCGUUUUUCCGUGCUUUGAAGACGUAUGCCAGACUGUCGGGUCAGGGAAUGGGGGCGAGGAAGAGGCAGCGGUUACGGGCGGCACCGUUGUCGCUGCCGAGAAUACCGAUGCCGCCGCAGCAAGACAGGCGCAGAAAGAGCUCUCUGCCACCGAGAAGGUGUUGUGCAGUAGCUGGCACAUUCCUGCUCAGACGAUGCUGCGCGCUCGGCGAGAGAUUGAGACACGUCGACAGCGCCACCAGUCUAGCCGGCUGCGCCUGAGCCCUAGUGAGCUGCGCGACCUGACGGCCCUCGACAUCUUCAGAGCCAGUGCAUUGUGGCUGCACCUUUACCGGGAAGGCAGUGUGGUGAAUUCGUUCAAGGAGCUGCAUUGCUACGUAUCUGAUCAGUCUAUGUCGGCAGAGCCGGCGCCUGGAUUGCUUCCUCGAGCGACGUCUCUCCGUAUUGCCUGA